CGCUUAUCCACCGGCGGCUCCGAGCGGAUCGGAGCCUCGUCCCUCCCGGUGCCUCCCGGUGCCUGAUCCUGCCCGGUGCCUCCUGCCGGAGGAGGGGCGGGGGGAGGCGGGGGCUCCCCGCCAUGGACCCCCGGCCCCUCAACGUGUCGCUGCAGGAGAUGCUCUGCCGCUCUGAGAACGGCACCGGGAACGGACCCGGCACCGGCAACGGGACCAACGGCUCAUUCUGCGACCUCCUCCGCAGGGGCCUCCGCGGGCCCCCGGCGCCCAGAGAGCUGGACGUGGCAGUGCGUGUGGUGCUGUACGUGCUGAUCUUCGUGCUGAGCGUUGGGGGCAAUGCGCUGGUGGUGGCCGUGCUGGCGCUGAACCGGCGGCUGCGCACCGUCACCAACUGCUUCCUGCUGUCCCUGGCACUGAGUGACCUGCUGCUGGCACUGUGCUGCAUGCCCUUCACCUUGCUGCCCGGCCUCAUGGGCGCCUUCAUCUUCGGCGACGUCGUCUGCAAGCUCGUCGCCUACCUCAUGGGGGUCUCGGUGGCCGUGUCCACCUUCAGCCUGGUGGCCAUCGCCAUCGAGCGCUACAGUGCCAUCUGCAACCCGCUGCAGUCCCGCGCCUGGCAGACGCGGUCCCACGCCUGCCGCGUCAUCGCGGGCACCUGGGCGCUGGCGGCGCUGCUGAUGCUGCCCUACGCCGUGUACAGCACCACGCGGCCGGCCGCGCCCCGCCCGCCCCCCGCGCAGUGCACCCACCACUGGCCCAGCGAGCGCGUCCGGCAGGUCUGGUACGUCCUGCUGCUCCUCGUCCUCUUCUUCAUCCCAGGCGUAGUGAUGACGGUGGCAUACGGGCUUAUCUCCCGCGAGCUCUACCGCGGCAUCCGCUUCGAGCUGGACGUCAAGAGUGAGGUGGCAGCCCAGCGUGGCACUGGGGGGGACCCAGCACCUGCCUGCGAUGAGGGUGACGGGUGCUACCUGCAGCUCUCACGUCCGGGUGCAGCGCUGCAGCUGCGGGCGCUGGGGGCGGCUGCGCAGCAGGACAGGGCGCGCAUCAACAGCUCGGGGGCCCAGCUGGCGGCCAAGCGGCGCGUGAUCCGCAUGCUGGUGGUCAUCGUGGCCAUGUUCUUCCUCUGCUGGCUGCCCAUCUUCGCCGCCAACACCUGGCGUGCCUUCGCCCCACGGGCAGCCCAGCGGGCGCUCUCGGGGACCCCCAUCGCCUUCAUCCACCUGCUGUCCUACACCUCGGCCUGCGCCAACCCCCUCAUCUACUGCUUCAUGAACCGCCGCUUCCGCAAGGCCUUCGGGGCCACCUGCGCGGGCUGGGGGUGCCGCCGCACCUGCCCCCGCCGCCCACCCGAGGACGAGCCCCCCAUGGCCAGCGCCUCGCUCUCCAAGUUCAGCUACACCACCGUCAGCAGCCUGGGACCCCCCUGAGCCGGGACCCCCGAGCCCUCCCACACCAGUGCCUGGGGCCCACGAGAGCUGGACCCCCACGAGCCCCCCACGGCCAACACCUAUCUCUCCAAGUUCAGCUACAGCAUCCUCAGCAGCCUGGGACCCCUGAGCUAAACCCUCUUACACCGUGCCUGCCCCCCAUGAGCUGGACCCCCCGAGCAUGACCCCCUGCCCUGCCAGCACCCCCCGUGCCCCUCUCCGGAGCACCCCCAGGCCCCCCUUGCCCACCAUCCCUGCUCAAUCCCAGUGCCCGAGCCCCGGCUGGCUGGGGGGACUGGGGGUGCUCCGGAGAGGGGCGGGAGGAGCCUUUGGGGCUGGCGGGUCGGAGGCUGAGGGAGGUCGGGGCACCCCCAGCCCAGCCCGCGGUCGCCCCACGCUACUCCCCGGCUACGGUCACAAUAAACAGAGCCCGUGCCCACCUGC